AUAGCAGCAAAAGAGAAGAUGGGCAGGCAGAAAAAUCUUCUCCUUAUCUCCAUGACAGCAAAGUAGGCAGCAACUCAGCAGGAUGCACAACGGCUGUGAACUCGUCACUUCACUAGGCAGUGCAAUGCAGUGUUUUUGCUCCUUCUGUCACAAAGCUUUGCUUCUGAUCUCUGAACUGGUGGAACGUUAAAGGCAGAAGAACACUGAAAUACUGGGGGAUCUUUUGAGUUGUGUGUGAAGGUGAGAGUAUUCAUGUGAAACACAGACUUUUCCAAGCGGCGACUACCGCCACAGAGCAGUCUGAAAGGUCUCCAUGUAUGGCCAUAGUAACCAGCAUCACCUCUAUCCACAGCUAGUGACAAGGCUCUCCAAAGUUUCAAGAGAUUAGGAAUUAUGCAUUUCAGUUCUACUGGCAUGAAUCUUUUGAAACACACCCAGUGAGAAUAAUUUUUCCCCUGGGAACUAUGUUCAACUCUAAGGGUCAAUAUGGCAAUAACAGCAAUAAGUAACCACCUUACUGAGUCACUCCCUGAACUCGCUAAUGGACAUGGAACAGUUAAUUAGGCAAGGAGCUUAACCAAAGUACAGUACAUCUCCUGUAUCAACACAAUCCAUGCUGUGACACUCAUCUUUGCCCUGUACUUAUGACCUUCAUGCUGUACAGAAGACAUUCUUAUUGACACUACCCAUGGGCAACACCUUCUUCUAAUUACCUUCUCUACAAGGGGGAUUUCAUCAUCAGGGUUCCUGCUCUGUGCGUGUAUGUAUAUAUAUAUAUCCGCUCUCACAGAUACAGGAAUACACAUCUCAGAUAAUCUUACUGGAAUACCAAGAGCACAGGCUAGCAGUGAAACAAGUCAAGAACCCAUGAGUACCAUGAAGAUAACAGGUGUCUUUGUGCUUCUCACGCUGGCAGUUCUUUGCUUAGCAAAUGCUGCCAAAGAGAAUGAGGUAGACUGCAGUGAAUACAGCCGGUUAGAGAGAGGAAGACCUAUUUACUGUGAAAGACUCUAUCAACCUUUCUGUGGCUCUGAUGGGAAAACAUAUAACAACAAGUGUUCUUUCUGCAAAGCAGUGCUGAAAAGCAGAGGUACCUUACAAAUGAAGCAAGCAGGGGCAUGCUGAAUGGAUUCUGCAUGGUAGAGAAGAGGGCUGAGAACAGCUUUACACUGCCUUAUCACAAUCUCUUAAUUUAAUUUCAUUCAUUCUGCCUGAUCUGGUGAUGGCGAACAAAGCACACAGCAGCUUUUUCAGCUGUGCUCUGUCAUUUGCUGCUUCUCUCUGCUCCCAAGUGUUGGGAUUGACACUUCUGUCCUCCCUGCAAAGCAACUCCUCAGGAUUUCUGUUUCUCUAGCAAAUUGGUUUUCACAUGAGCCCUAUUCUUCUGACGGUGCUACCUGAUCUUAGUGGACACGUCUGUGCAGGCACUGCCUCUGUUUUCCUUGUUGAAGUGUUUUCUUUCAUUUACUCAAACUUUUACAGAUGCUUUUUUUCCAAAGGCUUCAGCUUUUCCAGGUAGUGCUUUGAUUCUACCAGGUUUGCAGCUAAAUUUUACAUGCUCAUUUUUCUUCCACAUCUAUACAAUUCUGAUUCAUACAUGUUGUUUAGCUACUUAGUCUGCAUGUUUAUUAAAAUAAACGUUGACUUGUUUUUUUUUUGUCCAUGGUGACCUUUCUAGAGAAUAAGUUUAUUGCAUCCAUUAUUCACAAAUGAGAUACUUCCCAAGUUACAGAAAAUAAUUGUAGAGCAGGAGCUAGAGAGGUAAAAAAAAAAAGCCUGAAAGACAAAAGUUGUCUUCCACUAGAUGGCCUCAUGUUCCUGGAAUUGAUCCUACAGUCUGGCUCUCUUUUUUCCCUUCAAAUGAAGCAAAGCUGUUAAACUGUAAGACUGUAUAAACUUCAUAGCAGUGCCUCUGUUAAAUCCUGCAUUUAAAUGUCAUCAUUAAUGAUACUGUUCACUUCUGACAAAUUGGCAGCUUUUAGAUCUGAAAAGAAUUCUGUUCUGCUCUUACAUCCUUAAUAUCUUCAUUAUUGAACUAGUUUGCCUUUUACACUUGAAUAGUCAGACACGGAAAUACAUUUCCCAGAAUUAAAACCUAUGAAUGAUUGACUUUACUGGGGUUACACAUGAAAGAAAUUUAGGAAC